AUGUCAGCUCUCUCCAUACCCCCUCUAUCAGAGAUCAUCAACCUCGAACCGGACUUGGAACCGUGGUGUGCAGGCUACGCUCCAUCAAAGGGCCGUCGUUGCCACAUGCGCACAAACAUACGCGGCCGCACGUCUGCAAUGCGGCUUCUCGACCAGGGCACUGCCGAUCUUCGCGCCGGCAGGCGCAUUGAUGCAUUGCUAGAAGACCUUGCUCCCCACGUCUUGUGCACCAGGUGGCACCAAAACCAAGCUCCGAAUCUUGUUCGCCGCUGGAAAGAACAGGUUGAGCCGUACCUGGAGUCGAGGGCCCCUUCGGCAAGAUCUGGACGGUCCACCAGGCAAUCAUCCAUGAGCGUUCCCGUAGAAACUACGAGAGACGAUGUGGAGGCACAAUGCGCCGUUCUCUACCAGAAGCUCCGAGAUAUCAUGCUGGAGCUUAACCGUCUCCAAGCCGUACGGCAGGAGGCAAGUGUGGUUUCCAAUGCUCCUCCUCGUCGUGGCGGUAGACAGGCAAGCGAAGACAGCAAUCCUAUCAGCACCGAGAGCGAAACCCUAGGAAGUGACACUGUUGCGAACCCCGAUGAAUCGACUGAGGGGACACGGUCAACGGUAUCAAGCGAUUCGUUAGCAACCAACGGGCCAAGUGAGGUACAAUUCCGAGCUUCAGUUGAAGGAAGCCCAGUUCCCGCAUCAGAGCGUAGGCCAACAGCCGCACCAACUGAGUCAAUCGUUUCGGACGACACUGUCCGUCAGGAUGAUGACGAGACAGAUUCGCAGACCGCGUCUCCAGCCAGUGAGGCUUCAUCUGUCCGUCGGACAGUCGAUGGGGAUUGUGGGAUUUGUUUGUGUGACUUGCAGACUUCGCAAUCUGAUUCAGAUACAGCAGGCGAGGCCGAAGAAGGGGAAGGCGAGGAAGGACAAAACAGAGUGCUGGACGAAGGAAAUGUGGGAGAAGAACUGGUUUGGUGCAAGGCGAGAUGUGGAGUGAAUUUCCACAAAGCCUGCAUUGACCAGUGGCUUGAGACUGCUACCGCUCCGACAUGCCCAACAUGCAGAAGUCCAUGGGAGUCCUAA